CUUUCUUGAAAUUGUUAACUUUCUGUUAGAAAGUGUUUUGAAUUUUUUUUUUUUUUUUGGUCUUUCACAAUUCAAAACGUUGUUGAAUCUCUUUGUAGCAGAUGUGAGAGUUUACAUUUUUUUCAAGAUUUCUUGACGGUUCAGUCAAAGAAUUUCUUUGACUUAAAUUCUAGUCUCCCCUCUCCCUCUCUCUUAUGUCUGACAUAUUUAUUGAGUGUUUGGGAACUUAUUACACUGAAGUUCCUUUUGAGGAAUAUCAUAGCGUUGUUUAGGGUGUAAUAGAUGACAUUUAAGGCUAUGGUACAAUUUAAGUUUGGAUUUGGCAUUGUUCAAGAAUAAAUGUUUUGAUUUAAGCCCUCGAUAGAAAUGCAGACAAAUAAUAUUGGCAUCUUGAUGUCAUGUGGUACUUUGUCUCAUAUAUUAAAAUUUUGCUGGAAGUUGUAGUUUGCAUUGAUUUUAUGCUACUUGAACAUGUGAAAUUGCAGAAUAGAUAUGUUAAUACUUUAUCAAUAUUCUUGGUUUCUAUAGUUUUAUUUUAUUUUUUUACCAUCAAUUUCUGUUAAGGAUUAAGCUUUGGGUUACAAUUAGGUUCAUCUCAAAAUCAUUUUUGGUUGAUCCAUACAUAUGUAAUUGUUAAUAUGCAGUGAGGUUGUCUGUUUCUUUGGGGCUAUGAAGUGUUUUUAUUUCUCUGGUAAAGAGAAGAAUGAUGAAUCAAAAACUACAAAGUCUAUUUCGGUUCGGUCCUCCACAUCUGUUUCCAUUUCAACAGAUCAUGAUAUGAGGAGAUCUGGGUCUGAGUUUAAUUCCGAGAAUGUUUCAGACUUUAGCACAGAAUCCUCCACGAAGAACACAUUUGCUGCUUUGUCUCAAAGACAAAGUAAUCUAAGAGAGUUCACAUUCUUGGAGUUGAAGACAGCAACAAAGAAUUUCAGCCGCUCUCUGAUGAUUGGAGAAGGUGGAUUUGGUGGUGUAUAUAAGGGUGUAAUCCGAAGCACAGAAGAUCCCCACAAGAAAAUUGAUAUUGCUGUUAAACAGCUCAGCAGAAGAGGGUUGCAGGGGCACAAAGAAUGGGUGACAGAAGUGAAUGUUUUAGGGGUAGUUGAACACCAAAAUCUUGUCAAAUUAGUGGGUUACUGUGCUGAGGAUGAUGAAAGAGGAAUGCAGAGGCUACUGAUAUAUGAAUACCUGCCUAACAGGAGUGUGCAAGAUCACUUGUCAAGUCGAUCUCAAACAACUCUUCCGUGGGACACCAGAAUGAAAAUUGCCCAGGAUGCCGCCCGAGGCUUAGCAUACCUCCAUGAAGGAAUGGAUUUUCAGAUUAUUUUUAGAGAUUUCAAGUCAUCAAAUAUACUUUUGGAUGAGCAUUGGAAUGCAAAGCUGUCAGACUUUGGGUUGGCCAGACUGGGGCCUUCAGAUGGAUUAAGUCAUGUCUCAACUGCGGUUGUAGGAACCAUUGGAUAUGCAGCUCCUGAAUAUAUUCAGACCGGGCACCUCACAGCUAAAAGUGAUGUGUGGAGCUAUGGAGUUUUCAUUUUUGAACUCAUAACUGGUAGGCGUCCUUCGGAUCGGAAUCGCCCCAAGGGUGAGCAAAAUCUGUUGAAAUGGGUCAGGCCUCAUAUUUCGGAUAUAAAGAAAUUCAGGUUGAUUUUGGACCCUAGGUUAGAAGGGAAGUAUUCCCUCCAGUCUGCUUAUAAUCUUGCAGAAGUAGCCAACAAGUGCUUGGUGCGGAAGGCCAAAUUACGCCCCAAAAUGAGUGAAGUUCUAGAAAUGGUGAAUCGAAUUGUGGAAGCAGUAGAUAUGGUAAGCCCCCAACUCCCUAUGAAUAGUUCAACUCCAAAAGAUGAUUCUGAACUAUCAGGAAGUGAACGUUUGAAAAGAAUGUUUGCUGAUCUGAUAACCGGGGACAGAGGGUGUUUGAUUUGGCGAACUUGGAGACCAAAGAUGGUGAGGACUUGUUAAGAAACUACAGUUCAAUUUAGUUGAAUUCAGUAAAUUGCUCUUAUCUACAUAUCAUGUAAAAACAAUUUAAAGGUUUUGUUGAGAUAAUCAACUGCAUAUAUAUCAUGUAGGAAGUUUUGGAACUACCAUAUUUGAGCUGAUAUUUUGUGCUCAGAGCUUAAUUGCUUGAAAGGGUAAUAUAAUAUCUAGUGAAUGCUUAUGCUUCAUCUGAAUGCCCCUGGUUUUAUUACCGGAUCCUUACUCAAAACGUCAUGAUCAUGGCAC